AGCAGCCAUCUAUAACUCCCAGUAGGUCGAUGGCGUGGCCGUUAGUCGGCGUACUUGGCUGUAUUCAUUCUACAGUGAAUGCUUAGACAGAUUGUGCCACUUGUGACGAAAUGACGGCGCACGAUCAAAUGCGAGCUAUGCUCGACCAGUUAAUGGGCACAGGGCGAAAUGGGGAAAAUAACAAAUUUCAAGUGAAAUACUCCGACUCGAAAGUCUGCAAGAGUUUUUUGCUGGCCUGCUGUCCUCAUGAAAUCCUCUCGUCGACGCGCAUGGACCUGGGAGAAUGCCCCCAGAUUCACGACUUGGCCCUACGGGCUGACUACGAGGCUGCUCAAAAGAAGAAGGAUCACUUUUACGACAUUGAUGCAAUGGAGCAUCUACAGAGCUUUAUCGCCGACUGCGAUCGUCGCACGGAGCAGGCCAAGCAGCGGCUGGCGGAAACGCAAGAGGAGCUGAGCGCGGAGGUGGCGGCGAAGGCGAACAACGUCCACGUGCUCGCUGAAGAGAUCGGUAAGAAACUAGCCAAGGCCGAGCAGCUCGGCGAAGAGGGCUUUGUUGAGGAGUCUAUGAAGCUGAUGGGCGAGAUCGACGAGCUGCGCAAGAAGAAGAACGAGGCGGAGCAGGAAUACAGAAACAGUAUGCCGGCGUCAAGCUAUCAGCAGCAGAAGUUGAGGGUGUGCGAAGUAUGCAGCGCUUAUCUCGGCAUACAUGACAACGACAGACGAUUAGCGGACCAUUUUGGCGGCAAACUACAUCUGGGCUUCAUCAAGAUCCGCGAAAAGCUCGCAGAGCUGCAGAAGACUGUCGAAGAGAGGCGCAAGGAGAAGCGCGAAUCCUUGCUUGAUAGGAGACGAGACAGGGACAGGGAAGACCGCGAUAGAGACCGCGACAGAUCGGACAGGAGAAGCGGAGGAUUGGGCUACAGGGAUCGCGACCGGGACAGAGACCGUGAUCGGGACCGGGACCGCGAACGCGAUCGUGAUCGCGAUCGCGAGCGGGACCGCGACCGUGACCGGGACCGUGACCGUGACCGUGACCGUGACCGUGACCGUGACCGUGAUCGCGAUAGAGAUCGUGAUCGCGAUCGUGAUCGCGAGAGAGAUCGUGAACGCGAGCGCGAUCGCGACCGAGAUCGUAGAGACAGGGACAAGAAGAAGUCGCGAUCCCGAAGUCGUAGUCGUGGAAAAAGAUCAAAACGUUCGCGCAGCGGUAGUCACAGUCGUCGAUCUCGUUCCCGUCGUAGUGGAUCCAACGAUCGCAAGAGAUAAGAAAGAAGACAUAAUUAUUAUGCUCAAUCAUCCCUUUUUUCCUUCUUUGCCUAUUAUCUCCUUUCCUUCUUCCCAACGUUCUAUACGCUCACACAUUUUGUACACAUAAUGUGUAUACUGAAACGUGCACACGAGGCAUCCGCGUCAAUUUAAUAUCGUCUA